CUCUCUCUCUCUCUCUCUGUCUCUCUCUCUGUCUCUCUCUCUGUCUCUCUCUCUGUCUCUCUCUCUGUCUCUCUCUCUGUCUCUCUCUCUCUCUCUCUCUGUGUCUCUCUCUUUCUCUCUCCUCUCGUCCAGCCUAUCUGUUGAUCUUGGAGAAUGAUUCCAACCCUGAGGUUCGUCGAGCCGUUCUGUCCUGCAUCGCCCCCUCCUCUCUCACCCUCCCCAAGAUCCUGAAACGCACCAGGGACGUCAAGGAGAGUGUGCGCAAACUGGCUUACCAGGUCCUGUCAGACAAGGUCCACAUCAGAGCUCUGAGUAUUGCCCAGAGAGUCAGUCUGCUGCAGCAGGGUCUCCACGAUGCCGCAGAAUCGGUGAGGGGGGUGGUGCAGGUCCGUCUCCUCCCAGCCUGGCUGAAUCUUCUCCAGGGUGAUGUGUUGGAGCUGUUACAUAAACUGGAUGUAGAGAACUGCUCUCAGACCGCCCUGGACACACUGACCGCUCUGUUCACACACACACCUCAGGACCAGCUGCUCCACCACUGCCUUCAGCUGGACGACAGGAUGCUGGUCCCGGCUGGGUCUCUGUCCUGUGAGAGCGUGUUGUACUGGAGAGCUCUGUGUGAGUUCGUUAAGACUAAAGGGGAUGAAGGAGAGGAGAUGUUGGAGAAGCUGCUGCCCGAGGCUGCUACCUUCGCUGAAUACCUCUACGGGUAUGUGAAGUGUGUCCCGGUGUUGUCUGAAGAGCAGAAAGGAGACUUUGCUCAGCUGGAGCUGGUGAUGACUAAAGAGUUCAUCUCUCAACAACUCAUCCACCUCACCGGCUGUCUGGAUACCAAUGAAGAGGGAGGAAGGAAGCGUGUGGUGGCUGUGUUACAGGAGAUGCUGGUCCUACCUCAGACUCCUCCCUCUCUGGUCUCUCUGCUGACAGAGAAACUACUGACCCUGAUACCUGACGACCACAGACGCAUUCAGACCGUGGCGGAGGUGAUCUCGGAGGUGCGUGAGCCCAUCGUCGUCAGACAGCCGCUGGAUGAGAACGAGAACCGCAGGAAACAAGUUAAGCUAGCGGAGGUGAAAGUUGGUAUCCUAGAAGCUAAACAGGCCUUAGAGGAGUGUAUCAGUAACCAGGAGUUCAACAGAGCAGCGGAGCUGAAGGACUCUAUAACUGACCUGGAGAACCUGAGGAACAACAUCCUGCAGGAGGAGACACCGCAGGAGGACAAGGAGACAGAGACACGCAUGGAGAAGACGGACCCAGAGACCCUCCUGCGCUGUCUGACCAUGUGUGUUGAGCUGUUGAAACAGAUGAACAUCAAGACGAGGAUCGGUCCGACCAUGUCAGCUCUCCUCUCCUCUCUGAUCCUGCCCAGUAUAUCCAACGCCCAGCCAGCGGUGAGGAACAUGGCAGUCGUGUGUUUGGGGACGUGUGCUCUGCACAGCAAAGACCUGGUCAACACACAUCUGGUGCUGCUGCUGCAGAUAGCCCAGCUAGAUGAGGUCAGUAUCUGUCUCUGUAGAUAG